AAACUUUGGCGGUGGGGGCUUCGUGUAGUCGCGUCGCUCGACCACGUGCAGCAUGAAACGAGGAUCGCGACAUUCGAUUAUUCGUCGGGGCUGGUGAUCGCUCGACGACCGUGGUGCCCAGGCAGGUGCCGGUGAUAUUUGAUACAGUAAAAGAUAUUCGAGCCGUUCGAGGCAAUCGUCAAAACAAAAGGGGUGGUAAAGGAGAUAAGAGAUUCCGGCGCGGUGACGCGAGUGCUCAUGGGUAAGCGCAGGAUUACGGCGUGGCGGCGGGUCGGUAGUUUCAAACGUGCGGCAGGAUUCACGCGUGUCUCGUCUUGCCGUCGUUCGUUCACACUCGACUCGCCGAUUCCGUCGGGAACAACAACAACAACAACGUCGUCGUCGUCGUCCACGACGAAAUCGCGUACUCGUCGCUCGUCGUCCGCACGCGGCAUCAUGUACCCGUGCAUCGCCGACGUGCCGCGCGCGAGGCGGUCGAACAGCAGGUUGUCGCCAUCGACGUUCUACAAGGUUCCCGACACGAAGCUGAAGAACGUGAUCUGCGUCAACUGCAAGAGCAAGUUCUACGUUACAGAUCUAUCGAAUUUGAAUCUCACUGGGUCGACAGCAAAAGGAACACUGAUACCUUUGUUGUCAGAUUGCGGGCAUCCAAUAUGUAGUAAAUGUAUCAACAAGGAGAAAAUCAGAAAAUGUCCAUCGUGUAACAAAAUUGUUCUGGAUAACAACAAUCUGAAGUCCUUGCUACCAUUGAACUUAUAUUCACUAGGGCUAAUUAUUUCCUCUUACCAUCGACCAUUGGAAAAUGACGAUGACGAUUUUCUGUUUUGUCACAGCUUACCUUCACAAUUACGUCAGAUAGCAAAGCAAGGGUGUUGCCAUGAAUGUGGAAAUCAUGCUAAUGUAAACUGUCCCCAGUGUGUGGCUCUCUAUUGUUACUACUGUUAUUCAAAAAUUCAUGGAAGGGCAUUACAGAACCACACACAAAUCCCGUUAUACGAGGGUGGGCCCAACACUCCUGCUGCUAUGUUGAAUAGCUGUGCACCAACGUGCACUGAUGCCUUAAGCUAUUAUUGUAAUGACUGCAAUGUAGCUUGUUGCUCAAAUUGCAUCUUGCGCUCGCACAAAAUGCAUAUUUUUGAGACAUUAUUAGAAAAGAAUGAGACUCUGGCAUUUGAGUUCAACGAGAUUUGUAUGCACAUCGAGGAAACGCUGAUGCAAAUUCGCCAGACGAAAGAGAAAAUUAAAUCGGCGAUCAGGUCCAAAACGUACAAGCUGCAAAACAGCGAAAUCAUCGAGGCAUCAAUCGCUCAACAUUUCGCAUAUCUACAUGGCAUCCUCCAAAAUAUGGAGACGAAACUACUAAACAGGCUGCAUGAGCAAGAUAAUCGUCUCAAGAAUAAUUUGGAGGAAAUCGCAAUACAACUUCGAUCACAGGAGGAAAGAUUGGAGUUAGCAUCGCAGACAGCCUCUUACGUGACACAGACCUUCGACAAGGUGGACAUACGAAACGCGAUUAACCAUCUUACAGAGAUGGCAGAUCUCCCUUGCCAUCUGAUGUACAAGGACGCGGGCCAGAAUCUUAACGCAACACUUAUCGUCGAUGACUCAAUUGUCGCAGCUAUAGAAGAUCACUGUGCCAUCACAGUGCCACAAGUAUCGUCCUACAGCCUCGUACGAAAAGACGAGCUACCGAAAAAUUACACACUCUCACCUUUACCGAAGAAACCACGUUCAAAAAUCUUUGAUUUCAAAUCGCUGUCGAUGUUGCCGGUAGUACAACUAAACGAUGUCUCACUAACGACGUCCAUCAAGAUGGAAGAUAAAGAAGAAAGCAAAGAGGAAGAAUUAAGCAUUUCUGAGUCCAAGGUGGAAAUAACACACGUCGUUAAUCCGUCAUUAUUUUUCGUUCGAAAAUUGGCCGCAAAAGCGCAAUUCUUACAGCUGGAGAAAGAUUUGAUGACGUACGGAAACGAUAAGCGGAACCUAAACGACUCGUUUGACCUCAAGAUAGAUGAUAUGUGCAUCGUUAACAAAUUGGGAGACAAGUGGUACCGAGCCCGCGUGUACGCAGUGUUCACUAACGACGACGACGACGACGGCGCCGCGUUGUACAAUGUGACUUACAUAGAUUACGGGAACGAGGAGUGCAACGUAGUGGCCUCGAGAGUACGAGAGAUAAAUGAGCAUCUGCGAGCGCUGCCGCCACAAGCGAUUCGGUGCAGUUUACACGGCAUGCUGCCCAAGAAUAAGUUCUGGACCAUCGCGAGCACGCGUUACUUCAGGUUGCUGACGAACGGAGCCGAUUGCACGAUGUCCGUCAUCGACUCCACCCCUGACAUUUUGUUCGUCGAUCUCUGUGUUAACCGGAAGGACAGUACGGGUCCGCAGACGAUGAGCAGCGUUAUGAAAAUGAUGGAUUACGCACGUUUGAACACCAAGCAUAGCUCGGAGCAAACAGAAAAGAUUUACAUUUAUAAGAGAGAAGAACUUAUGUGUACUAAGGGGAUAGGAGUUAACAUUGGCUGGAUUGAAUCACCGGACGAGAUUUAUGUUACCAAAGCUGCGCGAAAAAAUAAGAUUUUAGAAUUAAGAGACGAUUUAAAUGAGUAUUACAAAAAGGAGACUUCGAUAAAAAUUAUUGAUACACCACAGAAAGGUUUGCCAUGCGCUAUACAAUUAGACGACGAUAUCUGGCAUCGCGGCGAGAUUACUGAAAUAAUUAAUGAAAAUCAAGUCAAAGUGUUUUGCGUGGACUGGGGAUGUACUUCGACUCAAGACCGCGACACAUUACGAGCGAUUCCAAAUGAGUAUAUCAUGUUUAUGAAGGCGCAAGCCAUAAGGAUAUCGUUAAUGUAUGUAACGUGUGAGGCCGAUGGAACAUGGAGAUCGGAAGCUAAAUCAUCUUUGCUGAAUAUUUUCAAUAACGCAAAAUUUAUCCUGGUGCAUCCUCGAAAAAAAAUGGAGGACAAAUACAUGAGUUGUAUGUACUGCGAUAACAUCGACAUCAGCCGGCAAUUAAAAAUGCUAGGUGUUGUCAGUGAUUUUUACUGCACAAAAUUUAAGAACACAUGGCCUAAAAAGAAAUUAGAAAUGCCUAGUAGUGCAAAUACUACUUUCUCACAAUUGGAGAAAUCCGUCAAUACUGUCAGAGACCUAAGUGUCUCGUACGAUGAGACGGAGGAUAAUAAAUCGGUGAAGGAAGAGACGGCUACAGAUCAAGAUCCGUGCAAGGUGGAAGUGCGUAUUCAACGGGUGAUCACACCGGACUGCAUUUACGUCGCGCAGGUGGAACACGAACAAUCGAAUGCGAAAAUGAUAUCGGAUAUGCAAACGUUCUACGACUCCCAUAUCUCCGAGAGGCGCGAAAUUUGGAGCGAAGGCGCCUUGUGCGCCGUGUAUUCGCCGAAGGACAAGUCCUACUUCCGCGCGAAGAUAUUGAAGAUAAAUUCUCCGAAGGAUGUGCUGGUCUAUUUCUACGACAUGGGCAUCGAGGAGACGGUGAUGCAGAAGAACAUACAAUCUCUCCGUCGGAAAUUCGCAAAGGCAAAGACAUUCUGCUUUAAGGUGAAGCUGGCCGGUAUUUUGCCGUGCGGCGGAUCAUCCACUUGGCCGUUAUUAUCCUGUGACACGCUAUCCGAGAUUAUACAAGACAAUGCGCAUUGCAAAUUUUACAUCACUAAGCCGGUACAGGAAAAAGUUUGCGAUGACGUGAUAUCCAUCGAGCUUUGGGUAAGACAAUUUAAAAUACCGGGACCGCUCGCGCCGACUAAAGUGGAAAUAAAUUCUAUCAACCGAAUGUUGGUGGAAAAGGGUGUCGCCUUACCCAUUAAGAACUACUUUGCGAAAACAAGCUCGAUUCUCGCUGCAGAAUUUAAGCAGCAGUUGGAGAGUAGUUAUUGUGUUAAGUCGGACAAUGAAUCAGUCGAAUGGUUCCUCAAAGAACUGGACGUGACUGAUAUGGAUGAGACGAUAGUAUCGCAUAAGAGUGAGGUGUCGAUUUGCAAUUCUACUAUUGACAGUCGAAAUAUUUUAGAUUUGAACACCGACAAAGAUUGCAAUUCGACAAAUCGUAAGGGUGCAGUGAAACUUUCAAACUGGUUGCCACCGAUGGAAAUAACGGAAGAAGUCUUUCACGCUAUACCGACAUAUGUGGAUAACAAAUCCGCCGUGUACUUGCAUUCUAAGAAACACAAUGCCGAUUUACUGCACUAUAUAGAGACCGAAUUGCAACUCCAUUAUAAGAAUUUUAAACCAAAUAAGGAUAAGCAGUGGAAGGAAGGAGAAAUGUGUAUCGCUCGAUAUCAUCAUGAUCGAAAGUGGUACAGAGGUAGAGUUGUCCAAAAUUCAGGAAAUACAUUGAAGGUGGAAUUUGUCGAUUACGGCAAUGAGGAAGACUGCGAGGUACAGCAUGUCACGGAUUGCAUUCGAUUGGCACACAUUCCUAUUCAGUGCACAAAAUGCGUCGUCAGCGGGCUAAGACCGUCAUCCCCGAAUGGUAAAUGGAUGUUACACGAUUUAGACCGCAUACACGCGCUUCUCGUUGACCACGAAUGCAAGGUGUCCGUUUUACAACGUCAACUCACACAUUUAAUUGUGUCCAUAACAUUAUCGCGGCCGUUUAAAUGCGAACUCCUGAAAUACCUUCGCAUUCACAUGGAGAUGGAUAUUAAGGUCGAAGAUAAGUGGAAUGAUUCGGAGGACGAAGAUUCGAAAACCUUGGACUCCACCAGGGAUGUUAUUGUCGAAGACAUAAUAAGCGACGAAAAGUCGCUGUACGCAGCUGGUACUUCCGAGAGAGCUUCGUCGGAGGUGCAGGAUACUACAUUAAACGAGACUCUGACCAGUAAUUUAGUGGAAAUUUCGAAGACGGAGUUGCUUGAUAAAAUAGAGAUUACGGAGACAUCUGAUACCGAAAGCCUACCAUCGAUAGACACGAACAUUUCGAAUGUGCCUCGUGGCGCUUCAACGCCGCAGCUGUUCGAGGAGGAAGAAAAUUAUUUGAUCGAGCUAUCGUACAAACGGUUGAUCAUUCCACCGAAGACGAAGUACAUCGAAAUAAUAUUGUGUUGCAACAAAGACCCGGUCACCUCGUUCGCCCAGCUGGCAGAGAACAAGGACCAUAUAUUCUCUAAUGAGCUUCACCAGUAUUAUCUGCAGUUCGAGACCAUGAUGUCAGAAAUGCAAGUUGAUUGUUUUAAUCAACCGUUAGUUGAAUCCUUCGCGAAAAAUACUCCAUGCGUCGCGAAGUUUGUUGACGGUAUGUGGUAUAGGUGCAUCAUCGUGAAUAGUGAAGUAAUUCCAAAUAGUCAGUACAUAAAGGUCUCACUGUAUUACGUCGAUUAUGGUAAUCAUCAAUACAUGAAAUUGGACACGCUCUCCAAGUACGAUUUACGUGUACCGAAGCGAGAAUGGCUCGAAUUGCCCGCCAUGGCUAUCAAAUGCACAUUUUGGGGACUGGACUUCGUCUCUGACGACAUCGAUUUGCUAGCGUUGAAAUUAGAUAAAAUAUACAAUCAAGCAGUUGUGGCCCGAAUUAAGGAGAUUAACGAGGGAAGUAAUUUGGUGGUCGAAAUAUACAAGGACAAAACAUGCAAGAAACUUUUUUACGCUGACUUAAUCGAAGAAGGUUUAUAUCAGUUUAGAGAAUCCAGGAAAGACUGAGGAUCAGCAACAGCUAUUCCUAACUUUUUUUUUUUUAGCUAAGUCAUAUAUAUUUAUUUCGUACGACAUUUAGAUGUUUAAGUCGCGAAAGAAUACGUAAUUGGAUAGUUUAUUUUUGUACGUAUAAAUAAGAAUUGAGAUAUGUUAGAAAGUGAGAGAAAGAGAGAAAAAGAAGCUCUUGUAAAAUCUUAUUUUGUAGAAAUACAGCGUACAUCACUUUUUGCUAUUGCAUAAAGUUCAGAGAUAUCA